CUCUUUGUGUGUGUGUGCGGGGUGUGUGUAGUAGUAGUGUGCAAGGAAAGAAGAAGAGAAAGAGACGGCGUCGUGCACACACGCUGCCACAACAUAUACAAAAAAAAUAAAAAAUAAAAAAUAACCAAAAAUCUAGGCAAAUUGCCUCCACUACAAAAAAAAAACUACAAGCGAAGAAGAAGAAGCCUCCAAGUGUGGACGAACUGAAGCUGGAGUUUUUUUUUCUGUGUAGUUUUUUUGGGGGAAAGAAGCUUGUGUGGAUUCAAGUUACUUCUUCCCCCCCCCCGAGAAGGACCGGACCGGGUCAGGAACUCUGGAUUAUCCCGACAAAACUUAACAACUUUUAUUUAUUUAGUUAGCUGGCUGAACUUCCAGCUAACUGGAUUAAUAGAAAAGUUUCCCUGCUGUCGUCCGCUAUGUCUGGAAGCGAGGACGACAGAGACGACUAUGGAGCCCCGGAGGACCGAUUAAUUCACGACGACGAGGAAGAGGAGAUCUCCGAGAAUGAGACUCCCAAGGUGAAGAAGAAGAAGAAAGCCAAGAAGAGCAGAGAGAGCAAAGGCAGCAAGAGGCGGUCGCGACGAGAGGAGCUUCCCAUCAGCUCCCCGGAGCCCAUGGACAUCGGCGGCGUGGAGGAGGCGGAGGACGGCGUCGCCGCCCAGCGCUCGGACAGCGAGGGCAGCGACUACACGCCGGGACGCAAGAAGAAGAAGAGAGGCAGCAGCGGGAAGGAGAAGAAGAGGAGCAGCGCCGGGGCCGAGAGGAGCUCGUCCAAGAAGAAGGACCCGGAGCCCGAGGACGACGACGACGACGACGAUGACGACAUCUCGGAGCCGAAGUCUUCGUCUCAGCUGCUGGACGACUGGGGCAUGGAGGACAUCGACCACGUCUUCAGCGAGGAGGACUAUCGGUCUCUGACCAACUACAAGGCCUUCAGCCAGUUCGUCAGGCCUCUCAUCGCCGCCAAGAACCCGAAAAUCGCCGUGUCCAAGAUGAUGAUGGUUCUCGGCGCCAAGUGGCGAGAGUUCAGCACCAACAACCCGCUGAGGGGGGCGGCGGCCGCCAACGCCGCUCUGGCCACCGCCAACGUGCCGGCCGCCGUCGACAACAUGGUGGCGGAGGUGGCGCCGGCCGCCGCCCCGGCUCCUCCUCCACCUCCCGCCCCGGUGGAGCCCCAGCCGGCCCCUGCACCGCCGCUACGCAAGGCCAAGACCAAGGAGGGCAAAGGUCCCAACGCCCGCAAGAAGCCGAAGCCUGCGCCCAAACCACAGGAGAAGAAGAAUAACGCCAAGACAAAGAAAGUGGCUCCUCUCAAAAUCAAACUGGGAGGAUUCAACAGCAAAAGGAAACGUUCAUCGAGCGAGGAGGACGAGCCGGACGUGGACAGCGAUUUCGAGGACGGCAGCAUGAACAGUGUCUCCGUCUCCGAAGGGUCCAACAGUCGCAGCAGUCGCAGCAAAAAGAAGCCGUCCAAGAGCAAACCCAAGAAGAAGAAAGAAGCAGAGGAAGGCGACGGCUACGAGACCGACCACCAGGAUUACUGCGAGGUUUGCCAGCAGGGCGGCGAGAUCAUCCUGUGCGACACCUGCCCCCGAGCGUAUCACAUGGUUUGUCUGGACCCCGACAUGGAGAAGGCGCCCGAGGGAACCUGGAGCUGCCCACACUGUGAGAAGGAGGGCAUCCAGUGGGAGGCCAGGGAGGAGGCGUCGGACGCCGAGGAGGACAACGUGGAGGCCGGCGAGAUGGAGGAGGACGACCACCACAUGGAGUUCUGCAGGGUUUGCAAAGACGGAGGAGAGCUGCUCUGCUGCGACUCCUGCCCCUCGUCGUACCACAUCCACUGCCUCAACCCGCCGCUGCCAGAGAUCCCCAACGGAGAGUGGAUCUGCCCCCGCUGCACCUGUCCCCCCAUGAAGGGGAAGGUGCAGAAGAUCUUGACGUGGCGAUGGGGGGACCCUCCUCCUCCCACGCCCGUCCCCCGUCCUCCAGACCUCCCGGCCGACGCCCCGGACCCGGCGCCGCUGGCGGGACGUCCCGAGAGGGAGUUCUUCGCCAAAUGGUCCAACAUGUCCUACUGGCACUGCUCCUGGGUCACCGAGCUCCAGCUGGAGCUGCACUGCCAGGUGAUGUUCAGGAACUACCAGAGGAAGACGGACAUGGACGAGCCGCCUCCCAUCGACUUCGGCGACGGGGAGGAGGACAAGAGCGUGAAGAGGAAGAACAAGGACCCGAUGUACGCGCAGCUGGAGGAGAAGUACCUCCGCUUCGGCAUCAAGAUGGAGUGGCUGAUGGUCCACCGCAUCCUCAACCACAGUGUGGACAGGAAGAAUAACGUCCACUACCUCAUCAAGUGGAGGGAGCUGCCGUACGACCAGGCCACGUGGGAGGCCGAGGACAUGGACAUACCCGAGUUCGACCCCUAUAAAGUGCAGUAUUGGAACCACAGGGAGCUGAUGAUGGGAGACGAGGGACGACCCGGGAAGAAGAUCAAGGUGAAGGGGAGGGUGAAGCGACCGGACAGACCUCCAGAGAAUCCUGUGAUCGAUCCGACCAUAAAGUUUGAGCGCCAGCCCGAGUACCUGGACAGCACCGGGGGGACGCUGCACCCGUACCAGCUGGAGGGUCUGAACUGGCUGCGCUUCUCCUGGGCUCAGGGAACCGACACCAUCCUGGCCGACGAGAUGGGUCUGGGCAAGACGGUGCAGACGGCCGUCUUCCUCUACUCGCUCUAUAAAGAGGGUCACUCCAAGGGCCCGUUCCUGGUCAGCGCUCCACUUUCCACCAUCAUCAACUGGGAGAGGGAGUUUGAGAUGUGGGCGCCCGACAUGUACGUGGUGACGUACGUCGGGGACAAGGACAGCAGAGCCGUCAUCAGGGAGAACGAGUUCUCCUUCGAGGACAACGCCAUCCGAGGAGGAAAGAAGGCCUCCAGGAUGAAGAAAGACUCGUCCAUCAAGUUCCACGUCCUGCUGACGUCCUACGAGCUGAUCACCAUCGACAUGGCCAUCCUGGGCUCCAUAGACUGGGCCUGUCUGGUGGUGGACGAGGCCCACAGGCUGAAGAACAACCAGUCCAAGUUUUUCCGGGUGUUGAACAACUACCCUCUGCAGCAUAAGCUCCUGCUGACUGGAACUCCUCUGCAGAACAACCUGGAGGAACUUUUCCAUCUGCUCAACUUCCUCACCCCCGAGAGGUUCAACAAACUGGAGGUUUUCUUGGAGGAGUUCGCCGACAUCGCGAAGGAGGACCAGAUCAAGAAGCUGCACGACAUGCUGGGUCCGCACAUGCUCAGGAGGCUGAAGGCCGACGUCUUCAAGCACAUGCCUUCCAAGACCGAGCUCAUCGUCCGAGUGGAGCUGAGCCCCAUGCAGAAGAAAUACUACAAAUUCAUCCUGACGAAAAACUUUGAGGCUCUCAACACCAAGGGAGGAGGAAACCAGGUGUCGCUGCUCAACGUCGUCAUGGAUCUCAAGAAAUGCUGCAACCACCCCUACCUCUUCCCAGCGGCCGCUAUGGAAGCUCCAAAGAUGCCCAACGGGAUGUACGACGGACAAUCUCUCACCAAGGCCGCUGGGAAACUGCUGUUACUCCAGAAGAUGAUGAGGAAGCUGAAGGACGGAGGACACCGAGUGCUUAUUUUCUCUCAGAUGACCAAGAUGUUGGACCUCCUGGAGGACUUCCUGGAGAACGAGGGCUACAAGUACGAGAGGAUCGACGGUGGAAUCACGGGAGGGAUGAGGCAGGAAGCUAUCGACCGUUUCAACGCUCCCGGCGCUCAGCAGUUUGCCUUCCUGCUGUCGACGAGGGCCGGAGGUUUGGGCAUCAACUUGGCCACCGCCGACACCGUCAUCAUCUACGACUCCGAUUGGAACCCGCACAACGACAUCCAGGCCUUCAGCAGAGCUCAUCGUAUCGGUCAGAACAGGAAGGUGAUGAUCUACCGCUUCGUCACGAAGGCCUCGGUGGAGGAGAGGAUCACUCAGGUCGCCAAGAAGAAGAUGAUGCUGACUCACCUGGUCGUCCGACCCGGACUCGGGUCCAAGACCGGCUCCAUGUCCAAGCAGGAACUGGACGACAUCCUCAAGUUUGGGACGGAGGAGCUUUUCAAGGACGAGGGAGAAGGUUUGCGUUCGGGCGAGAACAAAGAGGAGGACAGCAGCAUCAUCCACUACGACGACAAGGCCAUCGACCGACUCCUGGACCGGAACCAGGACGCCACCGACGACACGGAGCUGCAGAGCAUGAACGAAUACCUGAGCUCCUUCAAAGUGGCUCAGUACGUGGUCAAGGACGAGGAGGAGGAGGAGGAGGAGGUGCAGCGGGAGAUCAUCAAGCAGGAGGAGAGCGUGGACCCGGAUUAUUGGGAGAAGCUGCUGCGUCAUCACUACGAGCAGCAGCAGGAGGAUUUGGCCCGAAACCUCGGGAAAGGAAAACGCAUCCGCAAGCAGGUCAACUACAACGACGGCUCCCAGGAAGACAGAGCUGAUUGGCAGGACGAUCAGUCCGACGGCCAAUCAGAUUACUCCGUGGCGUCCGAGGAGGGAGACGAGGACUUUGACGAAAGGACAGAAGCCAACUCCCGCCGGCCGAACAGGAAGGGCCUGAGGAACGACAAAGACAAACCACUGCCCCCCCUGCUGGCCAGGGUGGGAGGCAACAUCGAGGUGUUGGGUUUCAACUCUCGGCAGAGGAAGGCCUUCCUGAACGCAGUGAUGCGUUAUGGGAUGCCGCCGCAAGACGCCUUCACCACCCAGUGGCUGGUCCGAGACCUGCGAGGGAAAUCUGAGAAAGAGUUCAAGGCGUACGUUUCUCUCUUUAUGCGUCAUCUGUGUGAACCCGGCGCCGACGGAGCCGAGACCUUCGCCGACGGCGUCCCCAGAGAAGGGUUGUCACGGCAACACGUCCUCACCCGCAUCGGCGUCAUGUCUCUCAUCCGCAAAAAGGUUCAGGAGUUCGAGCACGUGAACGGUCAGUGGUCGAUGCCCUGGAUGGCAGAGCUGGAGGAGGCGAAGAGAGCGGCGGCCGCUCAGCCAGAGUCUCCCGGGAAAACCCCGUCCACCGGGACGCCGGCCGACACCCAACCCAACACCCCCGCCCCCGUUGAGGAGGAGAAGAAGAGCGAGGAGGCCUCGAAGGAAGGAGAGAAGGAGGUGAAGAAGGAGGCCGAGGCUGAAAAGAACGGAAAAGAUCCGGUCAAAGCCAGCGACGAGGUGAUCGCGAUCCCCGACGACGACGAGAAGAGUCCACAGGCCGAGGAGCAGCCGCCGCAACCGGAACCAGAGAAGAAGAAGAACGGGGAGGAGGCGAUGGAGACGGACAAACCGAGCAACGGGGAGGAGGCGGAGAAGGAGAAGGAGAAAGAGAAGGAGGCGGAGAAAGUGGAGGGAGGAGAGGGAGAAGGAGAGAAGAAGAAGAGUCCGGAGGGAGGAGAGGAGGCGAAGUCGUCGUCUACGUCGUCGUCGUCGACGUCGGAGACAAAGACGGAGACGACGGACGUCAAACCGGAGGACGGAGCCGACGUCAAAGCCGAAGAGAAGACGGAGAAGAUGGACACGACUCCUCCUCCAGCAGAGGACAAGAAAGAGCCGAAGGAGGAGAAAGAGGCUCCGAAGCCCGAGGAGGCGACGGCCAAACUGCAGAACGGCGACGGCGGCGGCGUAAAAGAUGGCGCCGCGUCGACCACCUCCUCCUCCUCCUCCACCACCUCCUCCAGCGAGGAGAAGAAGAAGGCCAAGACCCGGUUCAUGUUCAACAUCGCAGACGGAGGAUUCACAGAGCUCCACUCGUUGUGGCAGAACGAGGAGCGCGCUGCCACGGUAACCAAGAAGACCAACGAGAUCUGGCACCGUCGCCAUGACUACUGGCUCCUGGCCGGCAUCAUACAACACGGCUACGCCCGCUGGCAGGACAUCCAGAACGACGUGAAGUUCGCCAUCCUCAACGAGCCCUUCAAAGGAGAGAUGAACAGAGGGAACUUCCUGGAGAUCAAGAACAAGUUCCUCGCCAGAAGAUUCAAGCUGUUGGAACAGGCUCUGGUGAUCGAGGAGCAGCUCCGUCGCGCCGCCUACCUCAACAUGUCGGAGGACCCCUCCCAUCCCUCCAUGGCCCUCAACACCCGCUUCAGCGAAGUCGAGUGUCUGGCCGAGUCCCACCAGCACCUCAGCAAGGAGUCCAUGUCCGGGAACAAGCCGGCCAACGCCGUCCUGCACAAAGUGCUGAAGCAGCUGGAGGAGUUGCUUAGCGACAUGAAGGCGGAUGUCACCCGCCUCCCGGCGACCAUCGCCCGGAUACCGCCGGUUGCCGUGCGACUCCAGAUGUCGGAGAGGAACAUCCUGAGCCGCCUGGCGAGUCGACAGCCCGACACACAAGCACAGACGCAGCAGAUGUCGCAGCAGUAAACCAACACUCGGCUCUUUUACCUCGACAAACACCCUCCCCCCUUCGACUCCUGCCUCACCUCAACAUUCCUGAUUGGUGCACAGCGGAGUGACGGACAGCGUGCCCAAGCUUGAAGCCACGCCUACUUCUUCCUCUUCUUCUUCUUCAUCAUCACCCUCUUCUUCCUCCUCUUCUACUUUCUCCCCUUCAAACAGACUUUUACAGAUUCUUUUUUUCUUUUUUUUAGUUUUCAUUUUUUCUGGAGGAUCAGAUUCCUCCCUGAUCCUCAUCAUCCCCCAGAAAGAACGAGGCCGUGGACAGAAAAGCUAUUUUAUUUUUAAAAUUUUUUCCUCCUUUUUUUUUUUUUUUUGUUUUUUUUCAAUUUCUGUAUUAAUAUUAUUGAUAUAAUGUUAUUAUGAUGGUUUUUUGGGACCUAAAUAAAAAAAAAAAUGUAAUAAAGAA